AUGAGCUACCGAUUAACCCACAUUAGGCGCAAACUCGAUCCAGACUAUGCGAGUGGCCUGGAAGAUCAGAUCAUGAUGCUCCGGGAGGAGGUGCGCCGCUUAGAGAACCUCAACGCCUUCGUCCCCAUCCUAGAUGAGGAUAACCCGCUCGGUCAACAACAAAGCCAUGCACGCUCAGAUGAUGCUGCUGCUAUCCCGCCUAAUAUGGCCACUGCCAUCGAAGACGUAAGCGCCCUCAUGUGGCGGCUGAGCAUUGGAAGUAGUGGAGAGGAGUCGUUCAUUGGGCCGUCGGGCAAUUUCUGUUUCCCUAUCGCUUAUUGUGAUGAUCCAGACGUUCGUGUCGAGAAGACCACCGCAACGAGUUCCCCUGGUCUGGCCCCAGGCAUGGAACUGCUAUGGUCUGAUCAGGCUAACAUGUCAAGUGUGAUCCACCAUUUGCUUGAUAGAUUUUCACAACUUAUCAACCCUAUUCAUCAGUUUCUCGACGGCGAGACCCUAGAUCAAAUCCACGGCAAUAAUCUUAGCCCGGGCCUCAGACUUGUCAAGACCGCCGUCGUGGCCGCUGGAGCUCUUUUCUCGGAUGAUGCUAAUGGCAAGGCGUUUGGUGACGAGGCGGCAGCCGUCGUGGAUGCAGUGGCCUUGCAACUCUGUCGACAGUCUCCCAGCAUCUCAACCAUUCAAACUCUAUCCAUCAUGUGCUGGCGGGAGUUAGGCUUGGAGCAACACAAUAUGGCAUGGAUGUAUAAUUCGAUGUGUGCCAGUCUGGCUCUACACCUAGGCCUACCAGUGAGCGCAUCUGAGGAUAUAGGGCUAUCCAGCCCUGAGCACGACACUCUGUUCCGGGAGUCAAGAGUUCGUGAUGUCCGACUAAGGUCUCUUUGGUCUUCAGUGUUCAUGGACCGAAUCGCAACCUCUCUCCUGGGCAGGACUUGCAUGCUUCCAUGGAAGCGUAUCAAGGCACAUUCCUUUAUCAGCUCCAUCGGACCUUCGCCAUCUUUAGAUGAACUGGCCUUUGACCAUCAAUGCCGGUUAUGGUUCAUCCAUGAUCAAUAUAUGGAUAGGAUCUACUCGUUCGACUUUUCAGAAUUGAGCAAUACCGAUAAAUCACGCAUUCUUCUUGAUGCGCGUGAUCAAUUGUACUCUUUUCGCCGGCAGCUGCACCCUCAGGUCCAACUGGACCGAAACAGCAUUAAUCCCUCCAUGAUUUACUUGCACAUGUCAUACCAUAUGUCCCAUAUUUUAAUCCAUCGGCCCUAUCUCAAGGGAGCUGCUCAGAGCGAUAUGUACAAGCUUUGCGUUUGGUCAAUGUCAUCCGCAGCGUCGUCUAUAGUUCGGCUACUUCGCGAGUACAGGAAAGUCGCACCGUUGGAUCAAAUUUCGCCAUUCGCCGUCCACAGUGUGCUUACUGCUGCCGUGACACACCUUUGCAAUGCAACCUCCACACACCAAACCUUGCGCAGCCAAUCAAUCGCCUGGUUUCGAGUCUGCUUCGAUGCCUUGCGUGCUAUGCAGCAGAGAUGGAUCAAAGCCAAGCGGGGUAUUCGUCUCUUGCAAGAGCUGGCACGCAGAUGGCAGGUCAUGGUGGCCUUGCCCUUACAACACGGUUUCCCUCCCCUUUCGGAUCCGGCUUGGGAAACGCUAGAGGAAAUGCCAGAACUGGAGUUACCCCCGAAUGCUGGAUAUGAUGGCAAUGAAACAGGGAUCCCCGUCAUUUUUCCAGACAUCUUCAAUCAGGCCAGUAUGGACCCUUUCGAUAUGGCGUUUUACCAGGAGAAUCUAUUUAGCGAAGCAUGUUAG